GCAGGACAGGGCUGCUUGCUGAUCUCUUGCCCAGUUUUGCUGUGGAUAUUAUGCCAGAGUGGGUCUUUGUGGGCCUGGUGAUCCUGGGGGCAUUCCUGUUCUUCCUCCUGGUGGGGAUCUGCUGGUGCCAGUGCUGCCCACACAGCUGCUGCUGUUACGUCCGCUGCCCCUGCUGUCCCGAGUCCUGCUGCUGUCCCCGGGCCUUGUAUGUAGCAGGCAAAGCAGCAAAAGCUGGGUACCCUCCUCCAGUCUCUUCCAUGCCAGGUGCAUACUACAUCCCCAGUGUUCCUGUGACUGGUGUCCCGUCGCCUGCUGUGCUGAUGGAUAAGUCCCACCCUCCUCCCUUAGCCCCAGGUGACACCAGUGGAGGAAGCCAAAAUGCAGUGUGCAAGGGGUACAGGAUCCAGGCUGACAAGGAAAGGGACUCCAUGAAGGUGCUUUACUAUGUGGGAGAAAGAACUGGCUCAGUUUGACCAGCUAGGAGAACGAUGCGAGAACGAUAUAACAACACCAUCUGACUCAGCUCUUUGCAUGAAGAGGACCUGAACUUCCGUCAGCCCUACCGUCAGUCACGAAGGAAACCUCUGCCUCCUGCUGGGGACCUGGAUGGCGAUGCUGAAUACUGGGCUGGAGUGAUGGGUGGGGGUAGCACAUCCAGAUCACAGGCUGUCUCUGAUUACAGAGAUGAGCGGGACACUUUCUGGCACAGCCAGCAGAGAUCCAAGUCUGAGAUGUUGUCCCGUAAGAGUUUCUCUGUGGGAGUGCCGGCUGUCUCCAUGGAUGAGCUGGCAGCCUUUGCAGAGUCGUACAGCCAGCGGAUGCGGCGAGCAGACAGCCAGGAAACACGACGCUUCGAGCGCUCAGAGUCGCAUGGCAGCCGCAGCGGAGGGCUGCCCCACCAGGAUGGCUCCAUUGAAGAAUACUACACCAAGCGCAGCAGAGGGAACCGGGAGCCGCUGACAGACUCGGAUCAGGGCUGGUCAUACAGCCCACCCCGGAGACGUGCCCAUGAGGAGAAGCACCUGCCCAGGCUGGUGAGCCGAACGCCUGGAGGGAGCCAGAAAUACGAUCACUCCUACCUCAGCAGCGUGUUGGAGAGGAAAUCUCGGAGCUAUGAUGAGAGCGGUGACCAUAGUGAAACUCCCUCGAAGCUGAGCUUGCAGCCCAGCCAGAGAGGAGGGGGAACAUACUAUGCCUGGUCACCACCUUCUACCUACAAAGCCGAGAAAUCACAGCAGCAGUCACAGCAGCCGCCAUCAUCGCCUGAGCAGGAGGAUGAAGAGGACACCCUGCCCCCAUACAGUGAGAGGGAGCUGAGCCGAGGCCCUUCAUGUAGGGCCAGGGAGCAGGCCUACCUCAACGCCUCUGACAAGAAGAGGAAAAAGGACCCCAAGAAAACAAACGAUUUCCCAACAAGGAUGUCCCUUGUGGUUUGAAGUUGUUGUGGACAUGUCAUGUUGAUGGGCUGGAUACUAUGAGGUGACUGCAAUGGAAAAGAGAGAGAGCAACAAGCAAGACAAACCUCCCGUGAAUCUGUGCAGCCAUUGGCCAUGGACUCUGUUUCUACUGUUUAUCUCAUCAGGGAAGUAGAGGCUUUCACAAGAGACAGACUCCCAUGAACAGUACUCGGUCUCAGAGGCUCUGUGAGUCUGCCAGGGAUAUGAGGCCAGGGCUGUCUUUGGCACCAGGUUUUCCAGUGCGCUCCAUUUUGUGCUGGAAGGUAGCUGCAUCCCCACUGUCCCUGCAGCCCUAACUACAAGUGAGGCUGCCUGCGUGCCUCCUGCCCUGUCCUGUGUGCAGAGAGAAGCCUUUGCGCUUAGCUCUUGCUCUCUCUGUCUCCUCAGUUCUCUGUUUGGAUCAAAGUUGUCUCCAUACUUGCAGUUAGAGCCUUUUCUGUAUCAUCCCCAUGCCGGGAGAAAGCUUUGUUCUUAGAACUGCAGGCCGCCUCCAGCUUGUCUAUAUAAUUCCAGACACUAUAGAAAAGGACUGGUGAGAUGUUACUUUGGCAAGGGCUGAACAGAGAGAGAGAGACAAUUAUGGACUGGUUAGUUCAAUAUGUUUAGUUCUGUUCGUUGUGUGACGAAAGGUGCAGGUGAGAUUGAUGUAUUAUUUUGAAAGUGGAUCAAAAUAGCUUUUAUUGUGAGAGCAUGAUGUGUUUUUCCCCUCACCCCCAACUUCGUUUUGUUUUGAUACUGUUACAUUUCUUUGCAGUCAAGCUAUGACCUGUAGAGCUUCAAGCUAGAAUAUCUACUCCACCAUACCAUAAGCAGUGCUCCAGGCUUGCUGGCACUCUGCUUCCAGCACCACAAGACAUCUCUGCAUAGCAACCUUUUGUUUUAAAGGGCCUUUUUGUUUUAAAGAAGCUAAAAGGAGAAAGUCUCAGAGGGCAGCGGUCUCCAUUCUGUCCUACCAGUAUUACUCUUCUCUAGUCAUUGUUCUGAGACACUGAAAAUAGUAGUAACAGCAGUGAAAAAAGAACUAACCCUGUGGAUGAACACAAGCUUAAAGAGUCACCUUUUUCACUUACAGACAUUUCAUUUACCUCGGUUGUGACUGAGAUGUUUUUAGUGGCUGUUGUCUCAGGAGCAGCUUAAUUUCAAAGUGAAGUACUUCAGAUUGGAAGCCUGAUGUUCUGAUUUACAUUAGGUAUACUGCAGCCAUUUCAUUAAUUUUUAGCUGCUAACAUCAUAACAUGAAGGAAGAUGAUGGGAAUAUUUUAAGGUCCAGUAUCUUGAUCCCUAUUAUAUCUAGAAACAACUUAGUGUUCUGCUGUGUUACGAACAUUGUCAGCCUACGAAAUGCCAUUUCUGUUCUUACUGUGGAAAUCUGGUGAGCUGUCUAGCCUCAGGUGCUCAUUCUGGCAACACUGGUUUGAACAUAAGAUCUACAAACAUUGCUGCAAUUCUCUGUUAAUUUCUGUAUUACUCUGUUGCCAGAUCAGUUCACCAGGAACAGUCAGGGGAAAGGAAGACUAAUCUUCAUAGAGUUGAUGACAGUGCAGUCUUCGUGCUAGAAAGUGAUGAAAAACUGGCUUGCUUGUCCUGUGCUCCUCUUUACAUCCAGUUGCAGUGAUGUAAUUGUGAUGUGCAUCCAAUUACAGUGAUGACUGUAAUUUUGGAAAUCCUAGUCCUGGGACUUACAGGCCACAGGACUAGAAGUCCCCUUUAAAUAUAGAUAGCUACUGUAUGGUCUUCCCAGAGCUGCCUUCUUUCUAGGUUGAACAAGCCCAACACUCUCAGCAAACCCAACUCCUGUCUCCAUAGAGGAGGUGCUCUAGCCCUCUGAUUGAUUUCUUCGCAUCCUCUGGACCUGCUCAGGCAGGUCCAUUUCUGCCUUGUGUUGAGGACACCAGAACUGCACACAGUACUGCAGGUGGGGUUUCACAAGAGCAGAGUAGAAGGGGCAAUUCACCUCCCUCUACCCACCACAGUCCUUUUGGUGCAGCCCAGGACAUGGUUGACUUUCUGGGGUGCAAGUGCAUAUUGCCAGUUCAUGUCCAGUUUUCAUUCAAUGGUACCCACAAGUCCUUCUCCAUAGUGCUCCUCUCAAUCCCUUCAUUCCCUAGACUGCACUGAUAUGGGGGGUUGCCCUGACCAAGGUGCAGGAUAUUGCACUUGGCCUUGUUGAACCUCAUGGGGCUGUCAGGCUUCCUCUGAAUGGCAUCCCUUCCCUGCAGUGAAUCAGCUGCACUGCUCAGUGGGGUGUCACUUGUAGACUUGCUGAGGGUGCACUCAUUAACAGAGACUGAACAGUACCAGUCUUAAUACAGGUCCCCCUUGAGGGACCUUGCCAUUAACUGCAAUUCUCUGGGUGUGGCCAUUCAGCCAAUUCCUAAUCCAUCAAAUAAUCCAUUCAUCAAACCCAUCUUUCUCCAGUUUACAGACAAGGAUGUUGUGUGGGACUGUGCCAGAGGCCUUACAGAAGUCAAGCUAGAUGACAUCAGUUGUUCUUUCCUUAUCCACCAGUGCAGUCACUCUGUUGUAGAAGGCUUCCAGAUAGGCACUAUUUGUCCUUUGUGAAGGACUGUCUCUGAUUGCUUCCCUGCCACCCACAUGCCUUGACAUAGCUUCCAGUAGGAUCUGUUGUAUGAUUGUACUGAACAUGAAGGUGAAGCUGAUCAGUCUGUAGAUUCCAGGGUCCUCCUUUCUGUUCUUUUUAAAAAUGGGUGUGAAGUUUUCCUUUUUCCAGGCACUGUGGGCCUGACUGCCUGAGAAUGGCUUAGCAGCUACAUUUGCCAGUACAAGCCAGAUAUAUCUAUUUGUAUUUUGUCUGGAGAGACUAAAUCUUAAGUAUUUCAUCUUUUCUCAUCUUUGAUACAUGUUCCUAGGACAAUCCCAGCACAGUUAAAAAGAGAUAGUUGCCAUCUGAGGUCCCCGUGGCCUUGAGAAACCUACAGAGCUACACUACACACUAUUUUAAAUUAAACACUUCAUCCCAGACAUAUGAUGAUACUAGCAGAAAGAAAUGAUGGUGUUUUGUUAGUCUGAAAACCUUGGGAACCCUAUGCCAUGAAUUUCAAAGGAGCUUAGUGUGCUGUCUUUUCCAUCAGAUAUCCAGCAGACCCAGGAGACAUUUUACACAGAAAUUUGAAAGUGCAUCUACAACAAUGACUGUGUCAGUAGGGGCCAGAAUGAUGAUUUAACAGUCUCUAAAUACCUGUAUCUUUUAAAUCACACUGAAAGCCAGAGCGUCACAAUCUCCUCAUUUCAGUUAUGUCUGUCCCAUAUCUCAGUCACUGUAGUUUAUUUGAUCAAGCCCUCAGGAAUGAGUUGUGUGUAUUAAAAAUACAAGCUUUCUCA